AUGGCGAACAAAAAGCCCAACAUCCUCUAUAUUAUGGCGGACCAAAUGGCCGCACCCUUACUGUCCCUCCAUGACAAGAAUUCUCCCAUCAAGACUCCCAAUCUGGACCGUCUUGCAAGCGAGGGUGUUGUGUUUGACUCGGCCUACUGCAACUCGCCUCUGUGUGCGCCAUCGCGCUUCGUCAUGGUGAGCGGGCAGCUCCCUUCCAAGAUUGGCGCAUAUGACAACGCGGCGGAUCUGCCCGCCGAUACGCCCACUUAUGCGCAUUACUUGCGCCGCGAAGGGUAUCAUACGGCGUUGGCGGGCAAGAUGCACUUUUGUGGUCCGGAUCAAUUGCACGGUUAUGAACAGCGUUUGACAAGUGACAUCUAUCCUGGUGACUAUGGUUGGUCAGUCAACUGGGAUGAGCCGGAAAUUCGUCUGGACUAUUACCACAACAUGUCGUCGGUGCUCGAGGCUGGGCCGGUCGUGCGCACAAACCAGCUCGACUUUGACGAGGAGGUGAUUUACAGGUCCAAGCAGUAUCUGUAUGAUCACGUCCGGCACCGGACAGAUCAACCGUUUUGCUUGACGGUGUCCAUGACACACCCGCACGACCCGUACGCAAUGACCAAGGAGUUCUGGGAUCUCUAUGAAGAUGUGGAAAUCCCAUUGCCAAAGAAUGGUGCGAUCCCGCAUGAUCAGCAAGAUCCGCAUUCCCAGCGUGUACUGAAAUGCAUCGAUCUCUUCGGCAAGGAGAUGCCCGACGAGCGGAUUCGCGCAGCUCGUCGUGCUUACUACGCUGCCUGCACGUAUGUCGAUACGAACAUUGGCAAGCUGCUCAAGGUGCUCCAAGAGACCGGUCUGGACGAGAACACAAUCAUUGUCUUCACGGGUGAUCAUGGCGACAUGCUCGGUGAGCGUGGAUUGUGGUACAAGAUGACCUGGUUUGAGAACUCGGCUCGCGUCCCCAUGCUCUUCCACGCCCCCAAGAGAUUCUCUCCCAAGCGCAUCUCGGAGAACGUUUCCACGAUGGAUCUCUUACCCACCUUUGCGGGACUAGCGGGUGCGCCCCUCGUGCCUGGACUUCCGCUCGACGGAGUCUCCUUGGUGCCUUAUCUGACCGGUGAGGAUGGUCCUCGCACUGACACCGUCUUCGGCGAGUACAUGGGCGAAGGCACUCAGGCCCCGUUGGUGAUGAUUCGACAAGGACAGUGGAAAUUCAUCUACUCACCCAUCGACCCGCCGAUGCUCUUCGAUCUGGCGAACGACCCGGAGGAGAAGAUCAAUCUCGCUGCCGGUCUGCCUAUCCCUUCGAUCAUCAAGCCCACCACGGCCACCCGCAAACCCAGUAACCCGCUUGAUGUGCCAGCCCAUCUUCCCACCCCCGAAGAGACCCCUCGAGCCUCACCGAUUCCACGGCGCGCCACCGAUGCCCCGAGCCACUAUCCUUUCCCUUCACCAUCACCGCCUCGCACCCCGAGCCCCGCCAAAUCUGCCUCUCUGCCAAACACGGCAAACCCCGCCAGUCUGCUCGCCUACUUCCUGCACGAGACACACAGCCGCUGGGACAUGAAUGCAAUUCGAGAGGAUGUCAUUCGAUCCCAGCGCCGUCGUCGUCUGGUGUAUUCUGCCCUGAUUCAGGGUACUCCCACCUUCUGGGACUUUGAGCCCCGUGUGGAUGCCAGCAAGCAAUACGUACGCAAUCAAGGCAAGGGUGUGCUUGACGAUGUCGAAUUGAUCUCACGGUGGCCUCGUGUAUUGCAACAAGCCGCCACGGCCAAGGGGAUUUCUGUCUGA